AGAAUUGUUUAUUCUCCCUUUCAAAAAACUUUGUCUUCCUAAUUUUUUUUUUUUUUUUAUUUAAUGCAAAACUUGUGAACUUUUGAUACCAAUCUAAUAAUUUCUUAUUUAGGUAGAGAAGUUAGAGAAGAAGAGUAAAGUCACAAAAUCUGUAAGUCUGUGUUGCCCUAAUUAAUUUUUAUAAAUUUAUAUGAGUAUAUUGAUAAUCUUAAAAAAAAAAGGAGAAGACAUUGAUUUUUCGAUGAAAUCAGUUAUUCGAAUGAAUAUUGACGGCCGAUCUUUGCACAAGCAGAGUCUGAGGUGACCAUAAAGCCAUUAACGAGGGAACGGCUUCAUGGUACGGCGUAUCUAUCCGCUAUGCGGCCACGCUAUGCGCCGUCGCGCCGAUACGUAUCGCACCUUCUGACAAGUCAAUCGAGCUCGUUGGAAAUCGUAAAGUGGUACACACGCCUGCAUAGCCGACGUGUACACGCGGUGCUAUUAGCGUCGUGACAUAACGUUACGCAACGCGAUCAGUUGGAGGACGAGCGCGUGAGUUACGCGUUACACGCAGCGACAGAUACAUGGCCCAGCCGGUUUAUGGGUCGUUAAGCGCACGUCCGCCGAUUUCUCUCCUCCUUUUUUCACCGAACGAUUGUCUCGGGCGCGGGCUAGAAAUUCGAAUCGCGAAUCGUCGAUGUGCCUGCAAUAAUGCUCGCGUAAUGUAACCUAGACGGAAGACUGUUAACGGUCCUUGAACACAAAAUGCACAGGCUUGACACAAGACCGCCUAAACCAAUAAGCAUCCAGUACAAAGCGUUGUCACAUUGAUUUACGUAAGAUGAUCAUUGUUCCAGCAGUCUCAUGGAAGCAGGGUUGACGAGGCUUAAAUAUCUCAAUCUGUCCACAAAUGCAAUCAGCGAAAUUGGUCUAAACGCUUUUAAUGGAUUAUCCGAGUUGACGGUUUUGGAUCUAUCCCGAAAUCACCUUUAUUAUCUCUUGCCGAGUAUUUUUACGUUAACAAAGAGUUUGCGAAUUUUACGUUUGUCUAAAAAUAAUUUCAAUUCUCAUGUACCGAAACUGGAGUGCCCCUGGCUUACGGAAUUAACUCUGGAUUCGUGUCGAAUUAGCCAUGUGCCGGUGGACAUGUUCAAUGGACUUCCGCAUCUUCGUAUCCUCGAUCUUUCCAAUAAUUUGAUGAUUCGAUUGGAUGGCGUUGCUCUUGAAAAAUUAAAAUUCUUAAGAAUAUUAUCAAUAGAAGGAAAUCCAUGGUCCUGUGAUAAGCUUACGCAUAAUUUGCAAAUAUAUUUAACCCACAGGAAUGUACAGUAUCAUUCAGUAUGUGCGACAAGUGCCGAGCCGAAAAAGUUUGAAAAAAUGAUCGUCUAUAAUCCACCAAUUAAAUAUGAAAAGCGUCGACCCUUAAUAAUUUCGAAUUCGAAGAAAAACAUGACAAAGAAGUAUCUUACAUCUACGCCGACGUAUGAAAAUAAAGUUGCUUGUAUUAAUACGACAAAAGAGGCGAGCUUUGCGAAAGUAUUACAUUCCAUAUCGCCGUACUGGUUCUUCACAUUUGGAUUUUUGCUUGGCGUCGCGUGCGGCAUGUUCACUUGCUACUUUUGGCUCACAAAAAAGAUGUCUUGUUGUAGCGGAUGUUGUCGCAGACGAACUGAUAACGAUGCUCAAAGAAUUUCAUUGCUGCAGGAUUCAUGGCAGUUUGAGGAUUCUGUCAACAAUAGCACGAUAUCAUGUCCUGAUACUCCACCGCCGCCUUAUCGUGAAGUUAUGUUGCGGCCGGGACUUUACCGUAACACAUCGGUUACAACAAAUUCAAAUAAUAUUGUCACAAAUAAUACGGUAUAUACAUAAGUCCUAAAGGUAAGAUAUUAUAUCGUUGUUGAUUGACUCGUUACUUUGAAAUUUAAUACGUAAACAUGAUGCAUGUUGACAAAGCCUCAUAUUUAUUAUAUUUUUUAAGAAAUAUCAAUGUCUUGAGAAGCACGAAAGAUAGAAUGGCAUUGAUUUUAUUCCAAGUUACGUUAUUUAUAAUAAAACUACUUUGUACUGAGAAAA